UUGGCGCGCAGAGAAGGAUCCGUCGGUCGGUUGCUGUUCCCACCAAAGUUUAAUUUCAAAAAAAAAUAUUUUUUCUUUUUGAAAAAUAGCUGACGCAUCAAAUUUCCUUUUGGUUUGGCAAAUCAAAUCAGGUAACUAACGAUAAUUAAUUUCUUCAUCAGCCCGUCGAUUAACUGUCUCGUUCUUCCCAACAAUCUCUUGCUGCUGCUUCCCCAGAAAAAUGGCUCGAAUCGACGAACUCUGAAAUGACAUCUUUCCCCCGAUUUCCCCAGUGUUUUUUGUUCCCUUUCCCACGGUAUCGCAACCACAUUUUCCCGAUCAAGCGCGACGGUAAAUCACUAGAAUCCCUAAUCUGUUAUCCCUUAUAGAUUUAGCUUGCUCUCUCUCUCUCUCUCAGAUUGGAUUCUGUCCGAUGUCCGUCGGAGUUUGAUCCCGAAUUCGCGAUUCUUCAUUGAAAAGAAUUUCCACCCCCCGUCUUUGAAACGGCAUACCUAAGUCUGAUCUACUAGGCUGGUUCAUCGAGAAUCAAGGCAUUGUGACAAUUCGGGAAUUAGGGUUUCCAAACGAUUAAUUGUUUGGAGCCAAAAGGUCUAGGGGGAAAAAUAUUGUCAGGGUUUCUGCGCAGGAAUAUCUGCAAAAUUCUUUGUUUUUCUCCAUCUUUUUGCCCAAUCGUGAAUGGGAUCAACGGCGAUCAAAUUGCUAUGUCAUUUUGAGCUGGGUACUGGUAUAUUUCGGAGGAGAGAGCUGGUAAGGACCUGAAAGUAGGUCAGGGGUAUUUGGUUUUCUUGAUGGGGAACACAUGCACCGGACCAAAUCUCAGCUCUAAUGGAUUCAUACAAUCUGUUACUGCUGCUGUGUGGCGUCGGCAACCAGACGAGCGUCUUCCUGCUCCAAACAAGGACGAAGGCAGUAGCAAAAAAGACGGCUCCAGCAACAAAGACGCUUCCAAACGCGGAGAUUCUGAAGGAUCCAAGAAUUCCGAUGGCCCAACCCCCAACACCCCACCUCCUCCAGUCAAGAUGGGGAACGAUGGGCAAGGGAAACCAAUGGAGCAUGAGAGAUCGAUUAAACCCGAAAUGCGAGAUGUUCCAAUUACUAACAAGCCAGGGGAGGAAGCCAAGCCGAAGAAACCCGCACAUGUGAAGAGGUGUUCUAGUGCAGGGCUUCAAGUAGGGUCAGUGUUAGGGAGGAAAACAGGGAACUUGAAGGAGAUUUAUAGUUUGGGGAAAAAGCUAGGGCAAGGCCAGUUUGGCACCACUUUCCUUUGCAUUGAGAAGGCAACUGGGAAGGAGUUUGCUUGUAAAUCGAUUGCGAAGAGGAAGUUGACGACUCAAGAAGAUGUGGAUGAUGUUAGGAGGGAGAUUCAGAUUAUGCACCACUUGGAAGGGCAUUCCAAUGUGAUCAAGAUCAUUGAGGCUUACGAGGAUGCGGUUGCAGUUCAUGUUGUGAUGGAGCUUUGUGCAGGUGGGGAGCUCUUCGAUAGAAUCAUUCAGAGAGGUCACUACACGGAGAGAAAGGCAGCUGAGCUCGCUAGAUUGAUAGUUGGUGUUGUCGAAGCAUGUCAUUCUUUGGGUGUUAUGCACAGAGACCUAAAGCCUGAGAACUUUCUGUUUGUUAAUCAGAGAGAGGAUGCAACACUUAAGACAAUCGACUUCGGGCUCUCCAUGUUCUUUCGGCCUGGUGAAAUGUUCACUGACGUUGUUGGGAGCCCCUACUAUGUAGCACCUGAGGUGUUGCGUAAGAAUUAUAGUGCGCAAUGUGAUGUUUGGAGUGCUGGUGUUAUCAUAUAUAUCUUGUUGAGUGGAGUCCCUCCAUUUUGGGAUGAAACGGAGCAAGGAAUAUUUGAGCAGGUUUUAAAAGGCGACCUAGAUUUUGUUUCAGAACCAUGGCCAAACAUAUCAGAGGGUGCUAAAGACCUAGUUCGAAGGAUGCUUGUUAGAGACCCUAAAAAGCGCCUAACAGCCCAUGAAGUUCUCUGUGAGCAUGCAUAUCAUUAUCUUUACUGCCACCCUUGGGUACAAGUGGAUGGGCUUGCUCCAGAUAAACCUCUUGAUUCUGCUGUUAUAAGUCGCUUGAAACAGUUCUCAGCCAUGAACAAGCUGAAGAAAAUUGCAAUUCGGGUUAUAGCUGAAAGCAUGUCUGAAGAGGAAAUUGCAGGCUUGAGAGAAAUGUUCAAGAUGAUAGAUGCAGAUAACAGCGGAAAUAUCACUCUCGAGGAACUGAAGAACGGGUUGGAAAAAGUGGGUGCUAACCUCAAGGAGGGUGAAAUAGUUGGGUUGAUGCAAGCAGCGGAUAUUGAUAAUAGUGGUACGAUUGACUACGGGGAGUUCAUAGCUGCAAUGAUCCACUUGAACAAAAUACAGAAGGAGGAUCAUCUGUUUACAGCAUUCUCAUACUUCGACAAAGACGGGAGUGGCUACAUUACUGCUGACGAGCUCCAACAGGCUUGUGAGCAGUUUGGGCUGGGGGAUCUUCACAUUAUGGACAUAAUCAAUGAAGUUGACCAAGAUAAUGAUGGGCGCAUUGACUACAGUGAAUUUGCCGCUAUGAUGCAAGACUCGACAACAUUCAGACCAGCAGGAAAAUAAUCCAGGCAGCCUUAUUUCCUUGGCCCGGAUACGGUAAAUCACAAACUUAGUCAGUAGCUAAUUAUGUCUAGCUGAUAUAUAUAUAUAUUAUACUUGUCAUUAGUUAACAGAAACUGGAUUACACACACAAUUGUAUGUAAAGAUCAGGCAGGUUUCAGUGAGAGGGAAAUAUUGAGAGUUCGUUUUAGCUUUUCCUUUCUUUUUGUAUCUAUUACAUCGAGUUUUUUUUUGUUUACUACCUUUUUUGGUCCCCCCCUUAAUCAAUUGUACCAAAUCGCAUUGAAAGGCUGCAAUUCCUUAAGCUAGAAAGAUCAGUCACAAUAUACUGAUGGGAUUUUGCUUUAUAGUUUUGGCUCUCUGUUGCAACAGUUGAGAUCCAUGGUUGAAGUUCUCAAUUAUGUGUAAUGUAAUCCUUUGCCUUAGACCUUGAUUUAUCUUUAG